GAUCAUGUAGUGUAGGAAGAACACAAACUGAAUACUUCCUCAGACUAAAUUGGGACAUUUUAAGUUACAGUCUAUUUACAGGGGGACUUGUAAAUAAACUUGUAAAUAAAUAUAUAACUGCAUUUUAUGUAAAAUCCCUUACAAAAGGCAGAUUAAAAAGUGUAUAUUUAGAAAAUAAUUGUUUGAGUAAAAAAAAGAAAAAAGACAUUUCUUGUUUGCAGUAAAGCUAUUGAAUAAAAAAUAAUCGUUUUUCUGUCCUUUCCAUUUUUUAUUCCAGAAAACCACGUCACGUAUUCUAAUCAUGCGUGAAAUCCGGAAAACCGGAGGUGAUGCUUUCAAAUACUCCUCGUAAACGCAAAUGAUAAGGUAUAAUGUAUUCGAUUAGAAGCUAUAUAAAGGGGAAAUACCUUUAUAUUUACGUUGUCAAUGAGUUGAACAUUAUUAAUAUAAACGCUCGAAGUUAUCUAUCAAAGUUUUCUACAAAAUAAAGGGGGAAAAGGGAAAUUGUCUUCCAUUUGGCUUCAUUCUAAUUAUAAAAUAAAAACACAAAUUAAUAAAUAUAAGUUGCAAAUGACACUUUAGUAAUUAUUUAUAAUAAAAAUGAUCUUUUAUGUCAUUCCAUAAUAAUUUCACAACAGACCGGGGGAAGGUUUGUUAGCAGUCGGCAUGUCAACAAUGGGUUUCGACAGACCAUGAAGGGAGCAUUAGGUUUGGGUUACACCUUAAACGCUUUACAAGAUGCUAAGGCAAAAGACCUCGUUUAGGCAUCUAUGUGAAGAACAGCUUGUCCUCAGAUGUGCUGUGUAACAUAUCCGGUUCGUGAUGGACGAAGAAGCUAAGAUGCAGACAUUCCACCUCUUAGACCUGCCCUGGGAGGAUGUACUUAUUCCACAUAUUUUGUGCUAUCUGCCACUGCAUCACCUGGUCAGACUGCAGCGCGUGAGCAAGCAGUUCCACAGCCUCAUCCAGGUGUACCUCUCCAACUGCAGGACUUUUCAUUUGUCCACGCUUGGAUUGUGCAUACCCAGAGAAGCUUUUUGCUCCAUGUUGAAGGAUAAUAAAGUUCUUCAGAACCUCUCACUUCAGAGCUGUUCGGAAUGGGUCACAGAUAAAGAGCUCCUGCCUGUCAUCGGCCAAAACCAGCAUCUGCAGAAAGUCGAUCUGAGUGGCUGCACCUGUCUCACCCGACACUCUCUCGUGGCUGUGUCCUUGAGCUGCAUGCAUCUCCAGCACUUCGGAUUGGCGCACUGCGAAUGGGUGGACAGCCUGUCCCUGCGCAGCCUGGCUGACCACUGCAGGGAGCUGCAGUCCAUCGACCUCACGGCCUGCCGCCAGCUGAAGGAUGACGCCAUCUGUUACCUAGCCAGAAAAUGUUUAAAGUUGAAGUCUCUAUCGUUGGCAGUCAACGCCAACAUUACGGACGAGUCAGUUGAGGAGGUUGCCAAAAACUGUCGGGGCCUGGAACAGCUGGAUCUCACAGGUUGCCUGCGGGUCAGGAACCAGUCCAUCAGGACUCUUUCAGAGUAUUGCCCAAAGCUACAAUCCUUGAAGGUGAACCAUUGUCACAAUGUGACAGAAUCAAGCCUCGAGUCACUACGUAAGCGCAAUGUAGUGAUCGAUGUUGAGCCACCUCUACAGAGAGCUCUGGUGCUUCUUCAGGAUGUACUAGGGUUUGCUCCGUUCAUCAAUCUCCAGAUUUAACAAGAGGGUACAUACACUUGCAGUUUGCAUUUUCAACAUUUUUAUAAAUAUAUUUUACCAGAGCUCAGACAACUGAAAAUCAGUAAUAAUUAUGUAUUUCUUUUUAGCACGCACCUUACUUUGUUGCAGGCAACGUUUUAACAGCUGUCACCUUUGGUGAUGUCACAUGAACAAGUGUUCUGGCUGCGUUUCACAGCACUUUAGGAAAAUCUGGACUUGUUGAACACACAUUUAUGUUGCAAAACUAAGCACAGAACACUUGACUGUUGUAAAUACUUUCUAAUGAAACUUAAAAUAAGUUGCAUCUUGGAAAUCAAAGAACAAAAGCCAUGCAUUUCUUUCCAUCAAUAACUUGUUUUUGGGAGAAAUCUUUCUUGCAAAAGUUUGGCUUCACCAAAAAACAAAACAAAAAAACAUUUCAAACCAAAGUAAAGUUUAUUAAUUUGUGGUUUAAAAAAAACCAAAACUGUUUCUUUAACUUUUCAGAAGAUGAAUUCAUUAUUUAAAAAAAAAAUUCUGGAGUUGUCCUUUAUAAAAUAUUUGAAGUACAGUGAUAGUCUUCAGGAAGCUGUGUAGUAACCUGUUAUAAUCGAUUAAAAGGGUAAACGAAAAGACAAAAAAAAAGCUUUAAACUUCAAUGUAACAUUGCAAAGUAAGGAAAUACAACAACUGUAUAAGCUUUGGAAACUGUUGCAAGGCUUACACCAAAUGGCUGUGAUAUUUAAGCUGUCAUCAUCUCUGAAAUUGUGUCACUAAUAUAAAAUGCUAAUCAUGUAGCCAAUAAAAAAACGGUUUAUUUGCUGCUUUUGUUGGGUUUUGGCCUUCAUAACAGACUGAACUGAAGCAAAAAAAAAAGUAUGGUAGUCUGAAGGAUAUACUAAAUAUAAAGUGGUGUAAUUGUUCACAUUAGCAUAAGUAACUCACGUGUAUCAUUACUCAGAAGAAAAGAAAUGUCACCUCCUGAUAAAAUUGUCUGCAGUCCAGAUAAAAUAUACAUAAACACAUUUACCCAUAAUGUAUACCCAAUGCCAGCAAGACAUAUUUUCAUUUUAAAUGUGUUAAUAAUUAUAUAAAAAUAAUAAAAAUUAGUGUCAGAAAUAUCCGUUUGUUAAGCAUGGUAUUGGCAGAAGAUAAUAAAUGGAUCAGUAAUGGAAACAGGAUAACCUCUGGUGCUUAAAACUGAACAGACACAAGGGGGCAGCAGUGAGUCAAAAUAUUUGUCAUCUCAGUUGUUUAGGGCCUGUAUUAAUUACAGACCACACAUCACAUAGGUGUGAUUAUGCAUUCAUAAAUUGUAUGAAAAUGUUUUUGUAUUUGAUAUAUUUUAGGAAAAAAUUUAAUAUUUAUUUGAUAGGGCAGAAUGAUAAAACUAUCCCGUUAGUGAGAAUGUCACACCCUGAUAGAAGAUUUCACAGAAAGAUUUAGUGCUCCUUCCUGUCGCCAUAGUUUUUUUUUUUUUUAAAUUUUCCUUUUUUUCUCUGGUGAUCCAGUUGGCAGACUCUUCUCUGUCUUGUCUCUUUGACAACACUACAGGUCUAUUUUCCACAUGAUGGCAUGGUUUAGCCCAUCUGCCGCAUGUUGUCCAUGAGCUGAUUUUGUAGCCCGGGAGUUGGUUCGAAGGGCUUCAGGGAUUGACCAGCCUCCUUAUGUUGACUGUUUAUCAUCAUAUUAAAUUUGGUUUGAAACCAUCCUUUAUUGGGGCUUUUAGGAUUUUAGUUUAUGCCUCUUUUUAGACGUUUAAAUCUAAAGAUUGCUCUGAUAUUCAACAUUUAAAAAAACAUAUUCAGAUAGGUUUAGUGUUUCUAAUAUUUAGUCGUGGCCAAACAGUUUCACUUCUUGUUGCUCCAUAGCAGUCAGUUGGCUAAAAACAUUUCAGACUUCAUUCAUCAUAGGACCUCAAUUAGCAUUGAUCUGCAGAUGAGGGGGGGAAGAAACAUCUCUGCAAUAUCAUAUUCCACCGAGCAAUUUCUGUUCUAGUGAUUGAGUAUAUUGGCCAAAACAAGCCAAACAUAUUUUGUCUUCCUGUCAAUAAUAUGGCACUUGUCUAAAUUAUUGAUCAAUAGCGACUGAUCAUUUUAUACCCAGGCACAACAAUGAAAUUGUUGUUGUUUUGUUCUAUUUUUUAAUGCGGUUUUAGCCGAAGGCGCUGUGUAAUAUAUAUUAAAGCUCUGAAUAAAUUUGAGGAUAAUUUUGCAGCUUAUGAAGAUCUUGCUAAUGGAAUAACUUUAAGAUACUGUCCAGAGGAGUGUAAGUGUUGUUGAAAUACUGCAGGUAAAGGAUAUUCUAGUCGCAGCAGACAGAAUUUGCAUGCAAACGAAUUUAUAUCUAAAAAGCAGUUAGAAAAGGGGUCCCAUAUCAUAAACCUAUAUGUUUUUUGGUAAAAGAAAAAGAUAAUAAUUUAGUUUUUGUUUAUUUGUUUUGCUCUUAACAUGAUAUGAUGGCUUGAAUGUUAUUUUAUGACACUUAUUUAUGCAUAUUUAUUUCAUUUUUCUUUUACACCAUCCAAAUGGUAAAUAUGUUUGUGUAUAAAAUGAUUUUCUCAGAUGCACCUUUUGUAAUUGAAAUAAAGCAAAUCCAUGGUA